GAUAGUUACUUCUACUGCCAUCUUAUAUUAAACUUGUUGGUUCCAAUCUUUGGACUCUAGAAAUAAUGACAGCGAUUGACUCCAUACAUUAAUAGUUUUGCUUCUCUUUUUUGAAAAAGAAAAAAGAAAAAAAGAAGACAAUGCUACAGUUUAUAUUGUUAGCUGGAACGACAGCUAUUAAUGUUGCCUAUUUUAUUAUUGGUUCCUGGUUUUUAGCUGUUAAAGUGGUUUUUAUAUUAUUCCGAAGAGCUUUACUCCCCACCAGUCUGAAAGCUAUUGAGAAUGAUAUUAUACUUAUUACGGGUGGUGGAAAAGGACUAGGCCGGCAAAUAGCUUUGGAGUUCGCAAAAUAUAAGCCUAAAUUGAUAAUACUGUGGGGCCGCCACGUAGAGUCACUCUCCCAGACCAGUACAGAAGUGUGUGCACUGGGAACCCCUUGUGUUUACAUGCAAUGUGAUGUCAGCAUCAAAGAAGAUAUCAACAAACAGGCUAAUGAAAUAAAACGCCAACAUGGAGCUGUUACCAUUCUUGUGAACAAUGCUGGAAUAUUGGCCCCGGGGAAUUUUCUGGAAGUUGAAGAUGAGAAAAUUGAGCAGAUUUUCAAAGUUAACAUGUUGGCUCAUUUUAGGACCGUGAGAAUGUUUUUACCUGAGAUGCAGCAGUUAGAACAUGGCCACAUUGUGACGAUUGGAUCUUGUCUUGGAAUCUCAGGAAUGGAUGGUGUUUCAUCCUAUUGCAGUUCCAAGUUUGGUGUGACUGCCUUUGCUGAUUCUCUGGCAGCCAUGUUAGACAGUGCUACCUACAAAGGUGUUCAAUCCACUGUCGUUUAUCCCUUCCAGAUUUCUAACAGUAUGUUUGCUGGCUGUGAAAUUAGGUUUCCUCGUUUGUUUCCUCCUGUGGAUGAAAAGUAUGUUGCUGUAAAGACAGUAGAAGCAGUUCUUACCAAUACCAAAUCCCUCAUGAUUCCACGCCUUAUUGGUUAUAUAAUCAUAUUAAAGACGCUCAUGCCCUUUGAAGUGACCACAAAGUUAAACAAGUUCUUUGGUGUUUCAACAGCAAUGGAAAAAUGCAAGAAACUUGGAAAUGCUACAUCAAGCUGACUGAAAUCUAAAUCAGAUGACAACGUUUCCCUAAAAGAGAAUGGAAAAACUUUCAAAAUACAAAGACCUGGAAAUAGAGGUAACUCGAAUGUGGAAUCUAAAAACAGAAACAAUUCCUAUCAUAGUAAGUGCCUUAGGUAUAAUAAAAAAAUAUUCAGACAAAUACAUAACAAAAACACCAGGACUUACAAAUAUAUAUAACAUACAGAAAAUUGCACUACUGGGUACUGCACACAUUCUACGCAAAACACUUUCAAUACAGUAACCAUAAGAGCAUCACAGCAAACCACAGCACAG